AUGAGCCCAGUCGGAAGUCACGUAAUCAAACUUGCAGAAGGACUGCAUGUUCCACGUCUGGAGAGAGCCAACUACCAAAAGUGGCUCGUACUUAUCGAAGCUGCACUAAGGCACUUCAAUCUUUGGGAAUCACAUAUUAUUGCGAAACCACCCAGUAAACCCGAUCAGCCGUACCUGAUCAACAAUGCCAAAGCUUAUAGCAUGAUAUCUGCCACACUAAGCAAGGACAAUGAAAAACUAGCAGAGGACCUCAACGGUAUUCCUCUAUCAGCUCACCUCAGUUUCGCUGCCAUAAAGAAACAUCACGAAACAGGCAACAUGAGCGCAAAACUAGAGCUCGAAGACGAGCUCGACUUAAUAGUAUACGACACCCAGGUCGGUGUUAAGCAACUAUACGACGAAAUGUUUGACAUACGGAAACUAUUGUCACAAAUUGGCGUCAAAUGGUCCGAUGAGGAUUAUGUACGAAAACUCUUGAGGAAACUACUAAAAGGAUCUUCACAUUGGGGCAACAUGCGUACCAGAUUUGACAGCUUUACUAAAUCAAAUUAUGCAACAGCUGACAUCAGGACAAUGUUGGCAUACGAAGAGCAGCAACUUAUCACUGUCAUGCUACUUCCAUCUUUAGACAACGCCGAAGUCGCCCUAAGCGGUAUCAAGAAACCAAAGGCAAAUAUAAAAGUCGUUGCAGAGUCUACGCAAUUUAUUUCUAAUGAAGCAAUCAACGCUUCAAGUCCCCGGAUUCAGGAACUAUCUCAACCCGAUUCCGAAGUGGAAGACACACCACUUAAAAGUAAAACUCAGGGACCAUAUUAUUAUUACAAAAGGCAACCAGACGUUGAUUACAUGAACUCAAGUCUCUUUUCUGCUAGUACAACUACAUCAAUAUUUCCAUCGAAUUGGAAACAAGCCAUGACUGCCCCGGAUGCAAAUCUCUGGAAGAUCGCAGCAGAUAAAGAAACAGAAUCAAGGGCACCAUUAUUUACUCAUAGCUACAAUCUAGGCGAUGACUUUACACCGUCUGUACCUAUUGUGAUAGAUAAUGUGGUAAGUCCAGAAACACCAGAAAUUCCAGAAAUUCCAUAUCGCGCGAGUACGCUAACUGGAGGGGAAUCAAAAUCAGGUCGGCGACAAGUACCAAUAGUAGUACAGACUGCAAGAAAUACAGCAAGAAUGACUGUAGCAGAUCGCGGGACCAAUAUUAAAACAAGCCAUGGACGCAUAACUCAGGAGGGGUUACUAGGGCGUGCCAUCAGCAAAAAUAAGGCUAUCAAGACAUCGCUAAAUAAGUCGAGUCUGGCCGGUUAUAGGAAACCGAACCGUAAAUCGAGAUCGAAGUCUCAAGGUUCGAGGAAAGAAGUUCAGGAACGUCCAGUUGACGUUAUGAACAGGGACAGAGCCAUGAUGGCUGCUCCCAUAAAAUCGACGCCAUUGUUGCAUUCAUCAACAUCAACGUGCAGUGUCGAUCUGAUGUUUGGUGUUGAUGUUGUGUUGAUAUUCCAACAACACUGA